CCUCGUCUGACUUUGCCUACGGGCAAUUUUAGCAACUGAUGGAAUGUUAUUAACUUAUUACGGGAAACUGUCAGAUUCAGAUCAGUAACUUGUCAGUUCGAGUCGUGUAAAGUUCUAUUAAAAAACGCUUUUUUCUUGAAAAGAAUACAAUGGAUAGAAGUAGUACUUUAACUGUCCAGAUCAACCAAGAUCACAAAACAGAGAAAAGCAAUGCAGUUUCACCAACAACUCAAAGACAAUCCUCUGUCAAGCCAUCUCCCGAUGCGGCCGAUAGUAACAAGAAGGCAAUUGAAUUGCAUCAAAAUCAAGCCGAAAUCGAGACAUUGGAAAAGCUAACCGUUGAACAACGGCAAUUAUUGGCAAAGAACCUAUCACUACGAGAGCAACUGCAACAAAGUCAGCAAUUGAAGCAACAACUUCUAAAGGAUUUUGCUGAUCGUGAGGAAUUAUAUGAACUCCAACAGCAACAACUUGAGCAAUCGAAGCAACGACUUCUAAAGGAUUUGGCUGAAUCUAAAGCUAAAAUUGAGGAAUAUACAACGGUCAUCCGAAACCACAGGAUGAUGGAUCUUCGUCGAGGGGUGGAUGACUUCAAUCGUGGCUAAUCUGUUAUUGGCUUGGCCCAAUCCAAAACAAAUUUGAUCGGAAAGUCGAGCUCAUGGCGCUAAUGUUUCGCCCACCCGAAUUGUGUGAUUUAUUAUUUGUGUAUUAAUUUUUUUCCCGCAGUGAAUUUAUUUAAUUUUUUUCAUUUUUUGGGGGUAUGUAACAGGCGAAAAUUCGUUACUCAAUAAGAAUUAAAUUUCAUGUUUGAUUAUUUUAUUGAAUGUAAGAGUAUUAGCGCUUAAGUCGAAACUCCCUUGUAUUGUCGGGCAAUUGUCUAUCUGCACGCACGCGAACCAUAAAAGAUGAUACGAUUAUGUUGGAUAAACACCCAAGCGAUGGGUUGAAAGAAAAUAAAUACUUAAACUUGA